AUGGCUAAACCUUCUUUGCUCUCAAUUUGUCUCUAUUUACUUAUUAUGUUCCAUUGCUGUGUUACUGAUAAUUGUAAGAAAAGAAGCCAACAGGAGCGAGACCGGUAGCGAGGAAGCCAAUAAUAACAAGAGGAGUGCCAGAUCGAGAGGCUGAACGCUCAGGAACCCAAACGUCGCAUCGAAGCAGAAGCUGGUAUUAAUGAGUUCUGGGACUCAAAUGAUGACCAAUUCCAAUAUGUUGGUGUUGCUGCUUGUCGCAAUGUUAUCAACCCACAAGGCCUUCUCUUGCCUUCUUACACCAAUGCUCCUUCACUCAUCUACAUUCUCCGAGGUAAGGGUAUUCAGGGGAUCAUGAUGCCUGGUUGUCCCAAAACCUUCCAAUCAUCUCAACAAUCGCAAGAACGGCAAAGCCGUAGAUUCCAAGACCAACAUCAAAAGAUCAGCCACCUCCGAGAAGGUAACAUCAUUGCACUGCCAGCCGGAGUAGCACACUGGUGCUAUAACAAUGGUGAGCAAGACCUUGUUGUUCUUAUUAUGGAAGACACCUCCAACAAUCACAAUCAGCUCGACAACAACCCCAGGGUGGCCAUGAAGACCAAUGAACAUGCUAUUUUCAGCACUCUGGCGGGUCGCACCUCAGCUGUUAGGGCCAUUCCUGUAGAUGUCCUAGCCAACACCUACCAGAUUUCAUGGGACGAGGCAAGGAGGCUGAGGCAGAGAGGGGAUGAGUCUAUCAUGUUUGAACCAAGUUCAAGGUCUCGGAGUGAGAGGAGGGCUGAUGCUUAA